AUGUCUGGAGAUACGAGCACCUGUGGCAUCCAUCUAGACGGCGCCUUCCGCUUCAUGAACCACGUCAAAGCCACCAAGUCCACGUAUUCCUCCAAAGCUCGCUCCCUUCACCGCAUAUACUUCUACCUUCGCGUCAUCUAUGACAGUACGGCCUGCAGGAACUCUUGUGACUACCACGACGGAUCUCCACCCUCUCCCGAGGCUGACUUUGGCACCGCCCUAUCCGUCAGUCUACUGGACAAAGUCGAAGACGAAGGCGUAGUUCCGGGGAAAUCCAAGUCAGUGCUGAACCACGUCACUGCCCCAAAGGCCCAGCAAGUAGGCGAGUAUGAAUGCGUCUACGGUGUUCCUCAGGCCCUUCUCAUCCUCCUUGCGCGAACGACCGAGCUCAUCGACCAAGUCACCACGUCUCGCCAACAACAACCGAACAGCCCAUCAACUCACUUUUCCGACCAAUGCGACCAGCUCGAAUCCGACAUCAUCGACUGGGAACCCGCCUCAUCCUCUACCUCCGACUCAGACACAACUCCCAGCGCACUCAUUAUCCAAAAGACCACCCUCGCCUUCCACUCCGCCCUCAUAAUCUACUUUGCGCAACACAUCCGCCACCUGCACCACAACUACCUCCGUACCCACAUCCUCCUCGUCCUAUCCUCGAUAGAAGCCAUCGAGGCCAUCAAGUCGGAGAACAGCAUCCUCUCUGCCCCUUUGUACUGGCCGGCAUUUAUAGCGGGGAGUGAGGCCUUCGAGAAGGGUCUGCAGGACAGGUUUAGGGGGUGGUAUAGGAAGGUCGAGGGGUAUAGGUUGGCAAGCGUGAGGAGUGGGAUCGAUGUUCUGAGAGAGGUCUGGAAGAGGGGGCCGGGAGGAGGGAAGGGGACGAGUCAUUGGAGGAGGGUGGUGCAGGAGACUGGCGUGCGGCUGAUGCUAAGCUAACCAUACACGACCGUUGGCUUUGCGAACAAUCAACGGCACUGCAGUUAGUUAGUACAAUAGAAUACGAGAAGAACGGAAAGC